AUGUCGGAGAAUAAUCAAGAAAGUGGAAAAGAUGGCAUCGAUGAAAGCGUCGAGUUACCGGAAACUCAACGAAUAGGUACCGUUCUGGACAGAUCAACGGAUAAAGUCCCCGUUUCUCCAUUAGGUAAUAAUGGGGCAAAGAGUUCCGCAAAGGAUCGGCAUGGUUCGGUCUGCGUUUUGAUUAAAAUAUAUACAAAAAAAAUUGUAGCUUCGGUUUUUGGCGAACAAUCAAAGUUGGAGCCAAUGUCUCCGGAGAGGAAGGCGAGGUGGAAGAAGGAAAUCGGUUGGCUUUUAUCGGUUGCAGAUUAUGUAGUCGAAUUCGUUCCUUCUCAACAGAAAGCAAAGGAUGGAUCAACUAUGGAGAUAAUGGUGACACAGCAAAGAAAAGACCUUCUUCUAAACAUUCCAGCCUUGCGAAAACUCGACGCAAUGCUCCUCGGCACACUGGAUAACUUCACAAACAGCCAGCGUGAAUUCUGGUACGUUUCGAAAGAUGCCGAAGAAUCCGAGAAGGGCAGCCAGAGAAACGAGAAAUGGUGGCUGCCAACAGUCAAAGUUCCGCCAAACGGACUAUCGGAAGAGUCUCGCCAGUUUUUGCAGAAGCAAAAGGAAUCGGUUAAUCAAGUCUUGAAAGCUUCCAUGGCUAUAAACGCUCACAUACUCUCCGAUAUGGAUAUUCCCGAAAGCUACAUCGAAUCCCUUCCCAAGAAUGGUAAAUCGAGCCUGGGUGAAUCGAUAUAUAGAGGAAUAACGGUCGAGUUUUUCGACCCGCAACAAUUUCUUUCGACGAUGGAUCUUUCGUCGGAGCACAAAGUUCUUGGCUUAAAAGACAGAAUUGAAGCAUCUAUAGUGAUAUGGAAAAGGAAACUGCACCACAAAGAUGGUGGGAAAGCUGCAUGGGGAUUGGCUAUUAGCCCCGAAAAACGAGAGCUUUUCGAAGAAAGAGCUCAAACGAUUUUGCUUCUGUUGAAACACCAGUUUCCGGGACUUCCCCAAUCCUCACUCGACAUAAGCAAAAUCCAAUUCAACAAAGAUGUAGGUUUGUCGAUUCUCGAGAGCUACUCGAGGGUGCUGGAAAGCUUGGCGAACACGGUGAUGUCAAGAAUCGAGGAUGUUCUGUACGCCGAUGCGCUGGCACAAGAUCCGUCGCUCGCGGCGCCGAAAACAGAGCAGUCCAGUGGUAUUUACGAUUCGAUGCUGUCGCCGACGACUAUACUGAGCAGCCCCAUAGUCGGCGGCGGAGGAGACGAGGCGGCGGGGGAGAGGCUGAGCUCGGCGUCGGAGACGCCGUCGUCGCUGACGCUGUCAGAUUUCAUGGGGUGGAAUCUCGAGCCGGCGGAGGGGGAGUUGAAGAAGAAGGGUUCGAGUGGCAAUUUGGAGAAUAAGGAAGAUUCGGAGGAGAAAGGUGGGAGUACUAAAUCUAGUAAUAGUAGUGCUAUGAUUAAGAAGUAUUUGUAUAUAGAUAAGAUUGAGAUUAGUGGUUUGAGAUGUCCCACUCCACGUCAUUAAUUAAUUAAUUAAUUAAUUAGAACAACAAAGAGUGAUUAAGGAGAUAAUAUAAUAGAAUACAUAAUUACAGAUUAAUUAAAUAAAUAACAAGCAAAUUAGUUGAGAGGCCUGCAAUUGAUUUUGUUCAGGAUUUCUCUCAUUACUGAUGAGCUUUAGUUAAUUAUUUUUUAUAUUGUUAAUUUUUCUUUAAUACAAUGUAAAUUAUUCUAAUGUCGAAUUUAUUUAUUAAUUAAAGCAAGAGUAUUUUAUUCA